AAACGGACGCGAUCGCAAAGAAGAGUUACGUUCAGUUGUUGAUCAGUUAUCAACCAGUUAUCAACGAAUUAUCGAUCUAAUUAACGAGUCAUUAUCCUAUUUUACGACUUAUACACAGUACGAGCGUCUCAGCGAAUAUGAUGAACCCACUUAUAAGUCGCGCAAUUUCCGUCAAUGAACGACUGUCACUUGGUUAUAUCAUACGACAAUUUCGAGUAUCAUCCCAAAACAUGGUUAUCGCCGCAGGACAAAAACUACCCACAAUUGAUCUUUUUGAAGACUCUCCUGCAAAUAAAGUGAAUCUUGCUAAAAUUGCAAAUGGGAAAAAAAUUAUAAUUUUUGGAGUGCCAGGAGCUUUCACACCAGGAUGUUCCAAGACACAUCUUCCUGGUUAUAUACAGAAAGCUAACGAAUUAAAAUCUAAAGGAAUUGCAGAAAUUUUUUGUAUUUCUGUAAAUGAUCCGUUUGUAAUGGCAGCAUGGGGUAAAGAACAUGGAGCAGAUGGAAAAGUACGUAUGCUGGCAGAUCCAGCAGCUCAAUUUACAGAUGCGAUGGAACUGUCAGUAGAUUUACCAGUACUGGGUGGAAGAAGAAGUAAACGAUAUUCUAUGCUCCUUGAAGAUGGAGUAGUUAAGGAGUUGAACAUUGAGCCUGAUAAUACAGGUCUUUCUUGUUCCUUGGCUGAAAAUAUUAAACUUUAGAAAGUAUAACAUAGCAGUUUAUUAUGUAGUAAAUUAUAAACAGAUGCUUUGAUCAAUUUAUAAAUUCUGCCAUAUAUAAUACGUAUAUAAUAAAAUGAUUAUUCAUUACUCAGAA